AUGAUCUCCGAGGAGUUGGUCCGUGGGAUGCUGUACCUGUCCCUGAGCGCGGUGGGCGUCCCCGGCAACCUGACGGUGAUCCUGGCCUUUCUGUCGGCGCACUACCAGGACAAGCGUCUGCUGCCGGCCGACGCCAUCGUGCUUCACCUAGCGUGCGUCAACCUGAUGGUGGUGGGGGUGCGCUGUCUGCUGGAGACUCUGGCGUCAUUCCGUCUGGCCUCCGUCUUCAACGACGCCGGCUGCAAAGGCGUUAUCUUCGUGUACCGCACAUCGCGCUCCCUCUCCAUCUGGCUCACCUUCAUCCUGAGCGCCUAUCAGUGUUUGAGCGUCGCUCAGCCCAGCUCACGCUGGGCCUCCAUCCGUACCUGGCUGGCUCGCCACUUGGGCCUGGUGUUCUUCGUCCUCUGGCUGAUCAACACGUGCAUGAGCUCAGCCGGCAUUCUCUUCUCCUUCGGGGCCAGGAACACCUCCAUCCCAACGAGGCACGGCAUCAAUGUGCAGUUUUGCUUUGUCCAUUUCCCCUCCAAACUCUCCAAGGACAGCAACGGAGCAGCCCAGAUGGGCAGAGACGUGGUGCCCAUGGCCCUGAUGGCUCUCGCCAGCCUCAUCAUCCUGUUCUUUCUCUACAAGCACAACCGGCAGAUGAAGACCCGACGCAGCGGCAGUGGAUCGGAGCGGAGGGCGGCCAAAGCCGUGGUGUCCCUGGUGACCUUGUACGUGGUCCUCUACGGGGUGGACAAUGGGCUCUGGGUGUACACACUCACUUUGAGGACGACCAUGAGUAGCUCACUGGUGUCGGACCUGCGCAUAUUCUUCUCGUCACUCUACGCCGCCCUGAGCCCGCUUCUUAUCAUUGCGUUCAACAGUAAGGUGAACGGCAGGCUCGGCCGCGGCGUCGCCGUAAAAGUUGCCAAGGAGCGAGCGACGACACUCGCUAACUCUUGAGCACUAGAAAUCU